GAUGUUUAUAUGCUUUUGAUAAGAAUUUAUCAUGACGUGGGUUUAGUUGCAAUCAAUAUUCAAUAUCUAGUAUAAUUUUAGUAUUGUUCUACGUUUAAAAUUUUAAGGCAGUAUCCAAUUUCAAAAUGAAUGUGUUUGAUCGGUUUGAAAUUCCAUUGCACAUGGAUUAUGAUGGCCAAAGAAGAGCUGAAAAAUACUCCAAAAUUAUCAUCACUCUAUUUGGUGCUGUUGGUUUGAUAUGGGGUUACAUAAUUCAACGGUUCUCUCAAACAGUAUAUAUUCUUGGAGCCGGUUUUAUUUUAGCUACAAUUAUUGCAGUGCCCCCAUGGCCAAUUUACCGGAAGAAACCUCUUCAGUGGCAAAAACCUAGAUCUGAUGAUGCAAAAAAAGGAAAAGCAGCCCCAGCCAAUACGGAGCAGAAUACAAAUAAAACGAAAAAAAAGAAAUGAUGCUAAGUUAACUACGUUUGUUUUUACCUCCAACUGAAUCCAGUAUUUCACUAUCAGUUUAUUGCAAUUUUUGGUAUGUUUUUUUUUUUUUUUUAAUUUGUUAAGCUCGUUCCUACUGCACAGCCCAAAGGACCAAAACCAACCCUGUCAACGUGGAAAGUAAAUAAUUAAAGUAAACAAUCGGAAUUUCAUGUUGCACGUUAUAUUGAUUCAAUUGAUGGAGUUGGGUCAGUUGCAACACAAUUGUAUUUAGAUCCUCGGAAGAGAAGACCAUUAGUCCAAACUCAAAUUUCUUAAUCUUAAAUUCACAGUGUUAUUGCUUCAUGGCAAAACUUACGGGGCGGAAUCAUCCUCUGUAAUACAGCAGAUUAUACAUGACAUAUUUCCUCUGUUGUUAUCACUUAGUCACGCACACAUUUCCAAGGGUGCUACACUGACACCACCAAACAAGACCCUGAUGAAAGAAACCAUGAUACAAGUACUUCGUUGGAGUUGAUUAAUAUCAGCACAUGAUAAAUGAUUGAUAAAUGCCUCUGCUGAAUUAGAAUAUGGAAAUUUGGCUAUUGCACUAACGUUAUUUUUCUCAUCUAUUACAUUUUUACCUAUUAAAUAUACUUCAUCUUUUUUUAUUUUUAUUUUUUUGUCAUUGCAUUUAUGAUUCAGAGAUAGAAUCAAUUGCUUCCAAA